AUGUGCGGCUUCACAUGCGUUACAUACAGCGAGUGCGCCCACACCGUGCUCUCGACGAAGCCCGAGCACACCUCUCUUUGCUUUAACGCGAAAGAAAUACACUUAGUCCAAGGUGUCGACUGUGCACCCGCGAACUGUGUCCCGACUGACGACACCGAAACCCGGAUUGCCGCUGAGAAUACUAUCUUUGAUUACUGCGAUGACUGCCGAGCCGAAGCACGCGCUGCUAAACCGAUUGAGCGCGGUGAGAUGGAUGACAUAGUGCAAGCUCAUGCGCACCCAAAUGAAGAAGAUCAAGGCUCGUACGACGAAGACGAGACUGAGCAGCUGCAGGAUUUAGCCACCUACCUCGAUGUAAAGCAUGCUGCUGGUCUAGAGGUUAUUCAACAACUCAAAGCUUUACUAUCGAAUCCGCUUGCGCUCUCUCGUAUCACAGACCCCGAGCUCCGCAUUCUUCUAUGCGCACCAGACGUUGAAAAGCACUUCGCUACGUUCAAGUACUGCUCAGAACUCUUUCCAGUCAUGGGCAGCUAUAUCCAACAGCGCGCUCCAAACAAGGUGUUCAUAGAAACAUUCGUGUACCUGCGCGACAAGGCGAAGAAAGCCACGGCGUUGCUGGAGUGUUUCCAAAUCGUCAUCGAGUGCGUCCUCAACUAUAAGCCGUCCCGACCGGAAGAGCACUUCAACGGUAGCGAAGCCCGAUUGAAGUUCUUUGGCGAUAUGCUCAAGUGUAUGAUUACCGAUAGGCAUCUUGAAGUCCCUCCGAUCGCUUUCCAUUUCCACGAGAACAACUUUACUAUUCCCAAAGCCACCCUUCAGCAGCUUACACAGGAUCAAGACGUGCCGCAAGCUUGCACCGAGAAACAGGAGAAGAACUCGGAUAUGAAACCAUCGCGGAAGGAGCGUGGCAUUCUGAAUAUACAUCAUCUGGCGUUCGGUCCAGAGUCACUGAAAGGACUACUGGACGACGAACCGUCCCGUAACUUCGAGGCAGUACAUGUCGCGUUUUCGGAAGAUGGGAAUGCUGUGGGUAUAGACGUGGAGGACGAGCAGGGUAACAAGCUCGUUUGGAGAGAUGGCAAGUCGCAUAUCAUCUUCGCUGUUACCAAAGCUGAAGAUAAAAAUGCUGUCAAGGAGACGAAUGAGCAACCGACAAAGCCUACAAAUGCGCUUCAGACUGCGCUAACGAAGACACCAAAUCAACCAACCGGCGGCUUUGGUUUCGAUUACUCGGAUGAUGAAGACGAUACACUCGUUCAGACUGAAGAGGAAACUAAGGCUAUUGCGGUCGAGAGCAACGGCAUGCCCUCAGACCCGUCACCCUACCUAUGCAUACCCUCCUCCCCACCCGUAUCGGCCGCAGAAAGCGAAAUUGCGCACUUCUCCAUCAGCGCCAGCAUCGCCGUUGGCGGACCUACCUCCUCUACCAUCUUCGCCUGCAUCUCCAGAUAG